UAUCGUUUAAACGCGUAUCAUCUGGAAAUGGAGGGUGUUGGUUCUGUAAUGAGCUAGAGAUUUUUUUUGUAUUGCCGUCCAUUUGGUUUUUGAUCGCUGUUGUGGACUGGUUUCACAGUUUACAACUUCGUUGGUGUGUCGCUUGUGUGCUGCUUAGUCGACUAUUUGUUUUCGUGAUAUAUUGAGGUUAGGAUGGCGAGGGCACUUCCAAAAUUGUACAAAAAUUUUGGUAAUUUGACGACACGAAAUGUUUCACCGUUUGUGAACUGCAUGCAAGAGCGAAGCUAUGCUACGAAGAGAAUUGAAGCUAAAAACCCUGUUGUCGAAAUGGAUGGUGAUGAGAUGACUAGGAUCAUUUGGGAAAAGAUCAAGGAAUCCCUUAUUUUCCCAUACGUCAAACUGGACUGUCUUUAUUAUGAUCUAGGGCUACCACACAGGGAUCAAACUAACGAUCAAGUGACCAUCGAUGCAGCAUAUGCAAUUCUAAAACAUAAUGUAGGAAUCAAGUGUGCCACUAUCACACCAGAUGAGCAAAGAGUAGAAGAAUUCAAACUUAAAAAAAUGUGGCUGUCUCCAAAUGGUACCAUUAGAAACAUUCUUGGUGGGACAGUCUUCAGGGAACCAAUUCUAUGUAAAAACAUUCCAAAGUUAGUGCCUGGCUGGACGAACCCAAUUAUUAUCGGUCGUCAUGCUCAUGGAGAUCAAUACAAAGCUCAAGAUUUUGUGGUCACCAAACCUGGAAAGGUUGAACUUGUUUAUACCGCAGACGAUGGAGAGAUAAAGAAAUAUCAAUUAUUCCACUACAAAAACGGUGGCGUGGCACAAGGAAUGUACAACACAGACGAGAGCAUCCAGUCAUUCGCCCAUGCCUCCUUCCAGGUAGCCCUUCAGAAGGGCUGGCCCUUAUAUCUAUCGACAAAGAACACCAUAUUGAAGAAAUACGACGGCAGGUUCAAGGACAUUUUCCAAGAAAUUUAUGAGAA